AUGGCCGAGGAGCGGAGCGACCUGGAGGAGCGGAUCCUCGCCAAGGACCAGCACACCAAGGAGAUCGACCUGGUGAACCGCGACCCCCGGCACAUCAACGAGGACGUGGUGAAGGUCGACUUCGAGGACGUCAUCGCGGAGCCCGUGGGGACCUACAGCUUCGACGGCGUCUGGAAGAGCAGCUACACCAGCUUCACCGUGAGCAAGUACUGGUGCUACCGGCUGCUGUCGGCGGCGCUGGGCAUCCCCCUGGCCGUGCUCUGGGGCUUCCUCUUCGCCCUCAUCUCCUUCUGCCACAUCUGGGCCGUGGUGCCCUGCAUCAAGAGCUACCUGAUCGAGAUCCAGUGCGUGAGCAGGAUCUACUCGCUCUGCAUCCACACCUUCUGCGACCCGCUCUUYGAGGCGCUCGCCCGCGUCUGCAGCCGCAUCAACGUGGCGCUGCGCAAGGAGCCCUAG